AUGUUUCCACCUAUUACUGUCCCACCUCCGCUACAACCAAUUAUUCAAGCAUGGACAGUUUGGUUUACUACAACUUUUUUUACAAUUCCUAUGGCUACCGCUUUAGCAAUUUGGGAUUUACCAUCCGCACUUUAUAAUCUUUUUUUUGGUGAAAGGCCAAAAGUGAUUCUUAUUACUGGAGCAAACUCGGGUAUUGGCGAAAAAUUAGCAGAAGAAUAUUCAAAACUUCCUGGCGUAACCUUGGGACUUUUAGCAAGAAACAAAGAACAUUUAAAUAGAGUGGCGAAUAAUUGUCGUAAGAGAGGUGCCAAUGUUGACAUUCUGGUUUGCGAUAUAACAGAUAAAGAAGUUUUGAAUGAAACCAUAAAUGAUUUUUAUGAUCGUUAUCCAAUUGAUUUAUUGAUUGCUAACGCUGCACAAGCUGGUGUGAAAUAUGACGGCGAUGAGGAACGCUGGGAAGAUAGAGGGGAAAGAUAUAUCGACGUUAAUCUCAUAGGAACUGUCAAUACUGUUAUGGCUGGAUUCAAAAGAAUGAGAGAAAAAAAAGGAGGACAAAUUGCAAUCACAUCUUCAAUCCUCGGUCAUUACAGUGCACCACAAAUGAUUUAUUAUAACGCAACCAAAUAUGCUUUAGUUUCAUUCGCCCGUGAUCUUCGUUACUUGGGUGCACCUCAUGAUAUCAAAGUCUCAGUAAUUGCUCCUGGAAUAAUUGAUACUCCAAUGACGAGUGAUCCAAAACAACCUUUGAAAUUUUACAGUUGGAUAUUUGCCUCCCCUAGAAAUCUUGCCAUAGUGACUAAAUUACAACUUUACGCGAAUCGUUUUGAAAUUACUUGGCCAUUCGUUGAAAUGUUACCUGCUUUUGCUGCCCAAUCAUUACCACCAAGAGUAACGGAAUUGGUUACCCAUAUCAUUGGACGUGUUAAUGGAUUCAUAACUGGUGUUGGUGAUGAAGCAUUCACUUAA